UCACUCUCUCGUAUCUGUCAGAGACAACGCUAUCCACGACCUUGCCUCGCCGAGGAGCAGCCGAGGAGGAGUGAGUUGCAUCUCUCCUAGCGUUCGUGUUAUAGAGUGUGCGAUACUUAUGACUAGCAUAUGUACGCGUACAUUGCUCACACGUACACGCAUGGUUACUUGUGACAUCGUAAAUUCACCGAGGUUCUACCGCGCACAAACGGCCACUAACUCUAAAAAAAAAAAAACAAAUUAAAAACUUCAAGAUACUCUCCAUUGACAAGGGGCGAGCGGCAGAGAGAAACGAGGGUAAGCCGGAAGUAGAAGAAUGAUCGAUCAUCAAAAGUACUAUGCAUCGUAUCCCCCGCCAUUCGGGGCGGGAAUGCAGCCACCGCAGCCGAUCGUAACAGCUCCGCCGCCGCAACCAGAUGCGCCGACGUCACCGCCAGGUGGUUGGUCGCCGCCGAAUAUGACAUAUCCACCCGGCUUGGAAUACCUUAUGGACCUUGAUUAUCUGUUCGUAAAUCAGAGCAUUGAGUUGCUUCAAGCUUUUACCGGAUGGGAAACUAAAAACAAGUACGUUAUUUCGAACAGUAGGGGCGAGCCAGUGUUUUAUAUGGUCGAAGAUUCAGGAAUCUGUUGGCGAUUGUGCAUGGGAAAAUAUCGCUCGUGCGAAUUCUCCAUCUAUGAUAAACAUCAGCGUGAGGUUCUUCAUAUGAUUCGACCCUACAGAUGCACUGGUUGCUGCUGUCCUUGUUGUCUACAGGUUUUAGAAGUGUAUUCCGGAAAUGUUCUACUAGGUAGCGUUACUGAAGAAUGGAGUCUUUGGCGACCAAAGUUUUAUAUUCGCGAUGCAUCCGGCCAACCAGUGUUAAUGAUAAAAGGUCCACUUCUUCGAUUUUGUAUUGAUGUAAUUUUUAAGGUUAAAUCUAUAGAUCAAAAGCAUCGUGUUGGCACGAUUCAAAAACAAUGGAGUGGCUUUGCUCGAGAGAUGUUUACCGUUUCCGAUAAGUUCGGUAUUAACUUUCCGCGCGAUCUGGACGUGAAAAUAAAAGCUGUGCUGCUAGGAGCAUGUAUUUUAAUAGACUUUAUGUAUUUCGAGUGGCGGAAUUAAGUCAAUCUAUUUUAAUUUUUAAAAGUAAACCAAAGCGACUUAUUCUGAUGAACGUUAUCAACGUAUAUAGAUACAUAUAUAUUUUGUUAUUUGAGGAAAUACCUCAAAAGGCAUGUUUAUGCUAACUUAUAAGUAAGUAUUAAAAAUCUCUAUCAAAACAUAUUUUGUA